AUGGAGAGCGCCCUGGCGGCCGGGCUGUCGCUGUCGGUGUUGGCGGUGCUGAUGCUCGGCUGGUGCCGCGGCGGCGGCUGGUGGUGGCGGCGGUGGUGGUGGUGGCGGCGGCGGCGGCGGCUCGGCAGCGCGAGCCACGCCGCGCUCUGGGCCCCGGCUCUGCUGCUCGGCCUCGGCCUCCUCUUCCACCUGUGCCGCUACCAGCCCGUGCCCCUCGGCCAGGCCCGGCAGGUGCUGCGCCCCGACGGCCGCCUGUCGGUCAUCGGUCACCGGGGCGGCGGCUUCGACGCCCCGGAGAACACGCUGAGCGCCAUCAGGACGGCUGCAAAGAAUAAAGCGACUGGAGUGGAGCUGGAUGUGGAGUUCACUGCGGAUGGGGUUCCUAUUCUGAUGCACGAUGAUAAUGUUGACCGAACAACUGAUGGCACAGGUCCUCUGGAUCGAUGGACCUUCGAAGAAAUCCGGAAACUUAACCCAGCCGCGAAGCACAAGCUGCACAAAAUAUUCCCAAAUGAGAAAAUCCCCACUUUAAAGGAAGCUAUCAUGGAAUGUCUGAAAUACAACUUGACCAUUUUUUUUGAUGUGAAAGGUCACGCAAGUCAGUCCUCUGCGGCUCUGAAGCUGAUGUACAGGGAGUUUCCCGAGCUCUACGGAAGAAGCAUUGUGUGUUCUUUUGAACCAAUGGUCAUAAUCAAGAUGAGGCACGCUGACCAAAAUGUGGUGACUGCUCUCACCCAUAGACCCUGGAGGCUGAGCCACACAAAGACCGGGAUAGCCCAUUUUAGUGGCUUUUGGCUCUACUGGUAUCAGUUAGUGGAUUUGAUCCUAGACUGGUCACUGCACACUAUUUUGUGGAAACUCUGUGGAAUUUCUGCAUUCUUAAUGGAGAAGAGUUAUAUAUCAAUGAGUUACAUUCAGCAAUGGGCAGACCGGGGGGUUGAAGUGGUCGCCUGGUCUGUAAAUGACUCGUACGAAAAAUGCUACUAUGAAAAUAUUCUCAAUUGUACAUACAUCACUGACACUCUCCAGGAACAGUGUCACUCCCGAAACGUUACUAUAGAAAAUACCAUUAGUGGUCUGACGGUGUAGGGAUCGUGACCUAAGUGGUUAAAUAUUGUACUUUAUUAAACCAGGUGUUUGAUAUCUGCCUCUUCAAUUGCGUUUUAAUACUAUGAAGGAUGAUGAGGUUUUUUUGAACAGGUUAAGACACAUUUGCAUUGUUCUGUAAAUUACUGUUGCCUUGUUUAGCAGCAGUUUGUAAUCUAGCGAGUGGAUUUUGUUGCACGUUGAUUUUAAACCUUUGCUAAUUCUCUCCACAAUGGACUCAAAAAGGGUGUUUUUGUAUCUGUGUCACCUCUCGUCUGCUGUCCCAAAAUGCGUAACAUUACUUCCUGAAACAAUUGAGUUUUUUUUAAACUGUUAUUUUUCUUUUACUAACGGUUUUCCCUUUCGCAAUUUCCAUUCCCUAAUCUUGUGGUGCUGAAAUAACAGCCAUCUCCACGGCUGAUUGGCAAUAUUCCUCAGCACAGACAAAGGAAUCAAACUUGCAGUCUUCUUGUCUGUUUGACUCUGUGCCAGAUUGGGUGAUGCCAUCAAAAAAUCAAUUCAAGAGCUUUUCACAACUCAACCCAGUCUUAAACUUCAAGACAAAACGGUCUUACGGGCUACGAUUAGGUGGAAUCUGCAUUCAUGACUCAUUUUAAGGUCCAAUAACUCUUCCUUUUUGCAUUUAAAUAAUUCUCCGGUGGGCUCAUAACGUGGAAAUGUGUCAUCUGGAUCCCCAAAUCAUCAACAUCACUGAGUUUAGCAGUAAGUUCCACCCCGAUUAUGUUGCAACAACAUUUGCAGAUCCCGGUUAAAGUACAAUUUAUAG